AUGACACUGGCGAACUAUUUUCUUUUCGUUUCGAUAUUUUUUAAUGUCUACUGUUUGAAAUUGGCCGCAGAGAGACGAUGCGAAGAAAGUAGAGGAAGCAUUAGUAAAGCGGGUAUAAAUCAUCGUGCUAUGCAAGGACACAGCUUUAAAAAUUAUACGUCGUCGAAAGCGUACGACUGUCAUGUAAAAUGCUUUGAGGAGAAAUGUAAAUGCCAGGCGUACCAAAUAACACAAAAUCGAUGUGAGUUGCUGGAAGAAGACAGGUUUUCUGCUCCUGAAGACUUUCUGGAGGAAAAGGGAUACACGUACUACGAUAUGAAUAGAGAAUACGUCAACCAGGUAACCGUUGAAUCUAAUAUGUCUCCCACUUUGCUAAAGGUAGACAUGAGAGUAAUCAUUGCAUUUCGGCUUUCAUCAUUUUCCCCCAGUCAAAUAGUCAAUAAAACAGGUUCCAAUAUUUUAAUAGAUUAAAAUUGGCUUUGCACAGUUUUGAAAGGUUGAUGUUUUGAAAUACUGGUAAAUAAAUGCAUCUUAAUGAGAUAUUCUGUUUCCUUGUUGCUCUCUUUUAAGAUUGUGGUGAUUUAAACAGGGGCACCCAACGAGAAUAUAGUUCAAAACCACUUAAACAUAGCAUUGUUAAACGUAAUUUAGUAUUUAAAUGGUAGAUAUAGGGAUAUUUUUAUCCCCUAAAAAUUUGUCAUCUGUUCGGAUUUCCUAACUGAAAGUCUAUUGAUCCGAAAAUUAUAGGGAUCAAAACUUACCUUUUCGAUAAUUUCAGCCAGGUGACCUUUUUAGGGUAAAAAUCCGUUAAAAAUGGGCAAUUAUACCAUUUUUUAGAUAUUCGAAAAUCCAAGGAGAGGCAGCCAAGCAAGAAAUUUUACAACAAAUGUUCCGAAAAUUCUAGAUCUCAAAUCGUCUUCCGAACAGAUAUUUUUCGAAAAUUGACGUUGGGUGCCCCUGAUUUAAAGUCUUUCCCCUUAAAUUUCAGCAUCCUUCUUUCUUCCGAGACUAUGGUCUCUGGAUUGAAAUUAAGAAGUUUUGGUUACCCUUCCUCUUAUAGGUGCAGUCUGUUCGAAUCCUAACAAUUUUUCAUGGAUGAAAAAUAUCUGUAACUCAUUUCAAAUGGCCCCCGUGUUUCCUUUCCUAUUGCGAGACAAGAGGCUUGUUUACGCAAAACAAUAUGGAAGGAAAAACUAUCCUUCUUGAUUUGUCUUGUGCUCAACGCUCUAAGCACCGAGCUCUUUUCAAAACAUGCCCAUAUUGUUGACAGUUUAUAAGACAAGGAAUUUGGUUUAAGAGAGUAAAUAUUUCGGAGUUUGCUCGAAACUUAGCAAACCUAAAAGCGCAGCUCCAUUAAAAAAUAAGUAGGAAAUAUUCAUAAAGCACACUAUAAGAAGAGAGGUUCUAGCAAAUAACAUUAUUUUAUAAUGCAUAAAGAUAAUAAAUAUUUCAACAUGCACUUUUAACAUGCUCUCCCUUUGUACUAUAUAAGACAUGUGCAAAGAAGGCUGAAAAACAGCAACCACUCAUUAACCAGUGUUGUAUUCAGAAUCCAUGCGCCAAUGGAGGCACCUGCACUGAGCUAUUUAAAGACGCUAAAAACAAGUUCAACUGCACAUGUACUGUGGGAUAUUACGGCAGAUUUUGUCAAAAACGAAGUGCAACAUCAUGCAAAGAGCAACUACAGAAAAGCGGAGGAAAUCAAUCUGGAGUCUAUGAACUGUUUGACCCAGCGAAUAUGUCCAUGUACGAGGUCUUCUGUGAUGCCAUCUCUGAAAAAGGGUUCGUUUGGACUUUGAUUGAAUCUUUCAGCUUUCGAAAUAAUAAUGAAUUUGCGGACAAAGCAUUUUACAAAGACUUUCCGGUAAAUCAGGACGCCUUUUCAUGGAACAAGUUUCGUUUAUCUUUGCCGCGUAUGGAUGCCAUAGCAAACCGCUCAACGCACGUGCGAGCAACGUGCAAUUUUAACACUGACGAACUUAAAUACGGCGAUUACUUGAGGGCCAAGUUAACUGAUAUCGAUGUUAUGCGUUUGAAUUUUGAUGGGUGCAAGAAAUAUGAAUUUAUUAGCGUCCGAGGAUAUAACUGUACUAGCUGCACUGCUGACUUCGUCCAAAGGGAUAUUUACCAUGCGCACAUUGAUUCGUAUUAUAACGGUCAAGGCCCAGGGAUGAGAGGAUGUCAGUGUACCAGGAUAUCCGUAGGUGCAGUGAAGGGACUGACAGGCGAAGAUAACUUCGGAUGGUAUGGAACGGUUAAUAAGAAUCACAGUUGUGUAUCGAGCAGUGAUUCGACAACUCAGUGGUGGUUUGGAGUGCGUUACUAA